GGUAUAUAAACGGAUGCCCGGCGAGAUGAGGUGCAUCAUUUUCAGCUGAAGCAUCUUCGGGCAUCCUCCAGCAAAGAACAGCAUCGUCAUCAUGAUCUUCGUUCUUGUAUUGGCAGCAGCUGUUGCUCUGGUUAAUGGUCAAGCCGCAGUGCCUGUACGGGAUUAUCGCAUCAAUCCAUACUAUUACGAUGAAAGUCCCAAGCCGUACUCCUUCAGCUACAAUGCUCCCCUAGAUGACGGCGUAGGCCAGAGUUCUAGAAGUGAAACAGCUGAUGGUACAGGACGCGUUGAAGGAUCCUAUUCCCUCAAUAAUGAUGAAGGUCACUUCAGGGUUGUUGACUAUGUUGCCGACCGAGAUGGGUUCCGUGCUUCUAUCCGCACCAAUGAGCCAGGAACAGAUAACAAGAAUCCAGCUGAUGUCAUCAUUGAAUCUUCUGCUGUGCCCUAUAGUGGACCUUAUUAUCCACGAGGUGUACGACGUCCAGUUCUCAACGCCCCAGUUGAACCAGUUGCACCAGUUGUACCAGCACCUGAAGCUCCAGUUGUUCCACCACCAGUCAGAAGACCACCAGUGUACCGUAGACCGGUACCCUAUAGGCGUCCUUACUAAAUAGAUUAACGUAGACUGGAAACUAAUUGGCAAAGUCUUAAUAAACAUCCUGAUAUAACUUUCCCAGUGGUAUAGAUUGUUGCAUUUUUACGAAUUUCCUUACGAAAUGGAAAUUUGUUCCGGUUACUGGUGGGGGUUACUAUAAUGAGAGAACGACUGAACUCGUAAAUAAAGCUUUCUGACGCAUUUGAGAACAUUUGCAUUAUAUGUUAAAAUUUUGUCUUUCUAAUAAAAUAUUUGUUCAUCAAAAGAAUUUUUUUAAUCAAUGUUAAUAAUUUUUAGAAUUUCUUAUAAAAGACGAAGCUAGGAAGUGUUUUUUUUAAUUAAUGUCGCAUUCCUAGUUUUGCUUAUGCUAAUGUUGUUAAAAUAUAAUUUUAUGUUAACUAAGAAGUGGUAAAAAUGGUUGUAUUCCUCCUUAAAUUCUCCCUUUACUUUGAAUGCUUACACAUGUAUUGCUUGUUGUAAAUUAUUAGCUGAUGCUUCAGUAUUGUAUUUGUGAGUUUUGUAAUAAAGAUCAUGGAGAAUAUGAGUUAAA